AUGAGAUAUCUUCCAAAUCUCAGCGUCUGUGUCACGGUUGAAGCUGCAACUCUCAUCGGACUCAGCUUUGUCGCUGCUACCUCGUACUUCUUCCGCUCCGUCAUGGCGAGGAGAAAGAAGAGCGGCGCGCCCAAGCCAUUCCAGGCGAUAGCCUCGACGUCAACAGCAGCGACUACAUCAAACGAUGCCAAUUCCAAUGGUCUCGCCCAGGCAAAGCCGGCCAUCGUCGUGGACCCCGCAACACAAGAAGUCGACACCAGACCGGAGACUUCACCAUAUGGCAGCCCCGCCUGCACCAUCCCGUUUGCCAGCCCGCUCACUCUGCCGCUGGAUGUUCUGAGGAAAAGCCCCAAGCUCCAUGCCGCCUAUGAGAGCCGCCUCCCCGAGCUUUUGGAAAUCCCCGAGUCUGUCGGCCACGUGCUCGUCCAUCAUCUCCACACAGGCGCAUACCAGUCCCUCAAGCCGAAGCAGACAGACUCCAUGUCAAAGCAGACGGGCGAGCUCAAGACAAGCAUCCAAGCAUACGCCGCCGCGAGAGCAUACGACCUCCCGGAUCUGAUGCACCUGGCCGAUCUGAGCAUCGCCAAACACGGCGACGGCCUGCCUCUGCCCGCCUUGCUCGAGGUGGCACGAGACGCCUACCCUACCUUGACCGAAGGGGACGGCUGGUUUCUCGACUAUCUCAGGUUGCGCAUCCGCCCCCACCUGCAGGAUCCAACGUUGCUCCUCAGGUCCAACUUGCUUGAUCAGAUCAGCAGCAUCCUCUCGCCCAACAGGGUCCUCCUCCGCACCGUUCUGGAGCUGUUCUGCGAGAAAAUCACUAUCCGGCCCGAGCCCGUCACAUCGCCGCCCACCGCGAGCACCCUCGCGAGCCCCAUCACCAGUCCCGGCAGCUACAGGCCCGUCUCGCCUCUUCCCCCGGCCAUCUCGGGGAAGGACUUGAAGGGAACACCUUGGCCGUCACCCGACAACGUAUCCGAGCCAUCCCAGCCGCCAUUGGAGGCAAAGCCUGUGUCCAUGCCCCAGCCCGUCGCCUCUCUCGCCCCAAUGCCUGAAUUGGGUCCUGUCAUCCUGGAUGUUGUGCUCCCGCCGGGACCAUCAAUCGAGGCAAGGACUGUGGAUGACAAGGGGGCCGACCCCGCCCUGGCAAUGGCGGUCAAGGUCAGCAUCGAGCCUGAGAGCGAGACAGACGUCGAGCCGGAAUCUGAAAUGCAGCUCCCUGUAAAGCCCGAGGUUGAGGCUCCUGCCGAGCCCGAGACCACGGUUGCUGCGGAGCCUGAGGUUGGACAGGUUGAGGACUUGGAGACCAUUUCGAAUCCGGCGGCCGUCGUCCAGCGCGAAAGGAAGGACUCGCGCAGAGGCAUCGGUUCGGAGUACGCCCCAUACAGGAAACCAGACGCUCCUCCUGAACUUGAGACCGAGCCCAGAAUCCAGUCUCAGGUUCAAAGGUGCAUGCUUCGGGAAGCCGACUCGGGAUUCUGGGAGGGCCCGGAUGUCAUGGACGCGGGCAAGGAGCUUGUGCCCUCGCUGGUUGAGAUUGAGCCCCUGGCUGUAUCCGCCCCUGAGUUCGCUCAUGAGUCCGAAACUGGUGCCAGCCAGAGGAAUGCUUUUGGCAUCGACACUCGCGACUUUCCUUCACUCGACAAGCAAGCCACGCCUGAGCCUGAACCAACCGAGGAGAGGAAUCUUGUGCCUGUACUGGCGCACGAGUCUGCCUCGGCGGCGACCACCGAGAUUGUGUCCAAGGCUGCUCCCGAAUCAAAGCCUCCUCCGGAACAUCUGUCCAUCAAGAUGGCAGAAAAGGUUGCCGAUUCAGCGGUACAGGCCGUUCCUGGCGAUUCUGAUAUCAGCGCAGCUGAGGUGGCGCCCGAGGGAGCCCGGAGUACGGGAGCCGAGGCUCAGCCUGAGACAGAGAAGCUUCAGGAGAAGACGGUCGCGCCGGAAGUGCCGGCGAAGCCCGAGCCCAAGCCAAAAGCGGAACCGCUGGACCCCGUCCCUGCUUCCGACGAUUCUCAGCCCGCUGGGCCCGCUGAGCCCGAGACUCCUCGUCACCGCAACGUCGAGCCAGAGCCGGAGCCCGCUGGGAAGUUCGAGAUUCUUCAAUGCGCCAAUACCGACUCGGCCGCCCCCGCCGCCGCCCUCCGCGCCGCUGCGGACGCGGCCGCCAAAUCUCCGGCGAUGGUCAGUACAAAGCCUGCGCCGCGGCAAGAGCAGGGUGCAAAGACUGAAGCCGUCACGGUGGAUGUCCAGCCCUGCGGAACCGCUCAGGGCCGGCAGCGGAGCUGGAAGAAGCGCUUCCUGAGCCUCCGCACCCCCGCGCUCUUUGGCCACGGCAUGUGA